CGCCCCCUAUGAGACCGGAUAUACAAAGAGUAGCAGUUCUCCGGUCAAUUAGUUCUUUGACAGCAGGCGCGUACCUUGCUCUGGUUUUACCCAUGAUUGCUAAGCUAACAUCAGUAGUUGAUCGUUAAUUUUACGCAGGAAUCUGGUUCCAUGGAGAGUAUAAACGCUAAAUACGUAUCCCAGAAAAUCAGCAAAACGAAAUGGCGGCCAGUGUCACAUUCGGAUCUGCAACUGCCAGAAAUCUUUGCGACGGGCUCAUGGGACAACGAGGACAACAGGAUUUCUAUUUGGUCCAUUGGGAGUAAUUUAAGCACUGGUAUGGAAGAUGGGUUUGAAGGAGACCCGCAGCUUUUAUGUGAACACAAGCAUGAUGGAGAUGUUCUUGACCUCCAGUUUUUGGACCAGGACAGAAUAGUCACAGCAUCAUCAACAGGAGCCGUCACCAUCUUUCGACACCACCAGAACAGCCAGACCAUUUCGGUGUCUCAGCUCUGGGCGAGAGCACAUCGUUAUCCCUGUGACAACGCCCCCUGCACCGGCGUCGUCUGCAGCAGCCCGGAGAUUGUUACAGUGGGUGAAGAUGGCAGGAUCGUCGUCUUCAGAGCUGACCAGGAGGGAGUGGUUCGAGUCAUCGAGAAUGCCGACAGCAGCACAAUCCAUGCGGUGACUUAUCUGAGGACCACAGAGAUUUUGACGGUGAACUCAAUCGGUCAGCUCAAACUGUGGGACUUCAGACAGCAAAGCAACUCACCGUCACAGAUUCUGUCCCUGUCAGGGGAUCGAGUUCCUUUACACUGCGUGGACAGACAUCCGAACCAGCAGCACAUCGUGGCCACAGGAGGCCAGGAUGGCAUGCUCUGUGUGUGGGAUGUGAGACAAGGCAACACACCCUUCUCAUUGAUGGAGGCACACACAGCUGAAAUGUGGGAGGUCCACUUCCACCCAACCAACCCAGAUCACCUGUUCACAUGUUCAGAGGAUGGCUCGCUGCUGCACUGGGAGACAUCCUCCCAUUCAGACAUGCCUUCCUUCUUACAAGGGGGCAGAAACAGCAGCAUGGUCUCCCGCAGUGCAAUGGCUCCAGCCGGAGGAAAGCAGCCCCUGAUCAGCGCCUGGCUAAGUGGAGACUCCAGCAAAGGCCGCCUGGAGACGACUCACAUGCUGCCCAGCCAGACGCUGUCUGUCAACAGCCUGGACGUGCUCGGUCCGUGUCUCGUGUGCGGCACUGAUGGAGAGGCUAUUUUUGUCAACAGACAGGUCCCGGUUUAAAAGCGAUGUUAGUGCCUCAGAGUGGAUGUGGAUGAAGAUGUUCAUUUGGUGUCAGCUUGAGGGUCAUACAGGAGGUGUAAAAUACUGGACUGUUAGCUUUAUUUGUUUAUUUGUCUUUUUCAUCACGGGCAGAAUAGUUCAACCCAACAAUGGUUUUUGUACAGAUGACGUUUAAUACAGUUAUAAAAUAAAAAUACUUAAUAGAAA